AUGGGCGUGUUUCCUAAAUGUCAAGAUACAGAAGCCGCGUCCCAGUGCGGGGGCUGGAUCCUCCGCGGGGCCACAUUUCUAGACCGACUACGUCAUGGUUUAGCCGACGAGUCCUUCCGCCCAGAAACGCUGCCUGUGUCUCGGGCAAAGGAGUUCACGUCCGAGCUAUCGCGGGCACAUUUUUCUUUUUUCCUUUUUGACACGGGGCCCAUAAAAGCAACAGCAGCCAUCACUAUCAACACCUUCGCCGUGACGAUCUCUCACUGUCUUGUCUCUCUCUCUCUCUCUUCUCCUGUCUCACACCUCUCUCUCUCUCUGCAGGAAUGCCAAAAGACCUCUGCUGAUUUCAGGUUUUACAUCGAGAACCACACCAGGAACCCGGACGACUUGAGCCGCAAGCAGGUCCGGAUCUACCAGCUCUACAGCAGGACCACGGGCAAACACGUCCAGAUCCUGGGGAAGAAAGUCAACGCCAACGGAGAUGAUGGGGGCAAGUAUGCUCUCCUCGUCGUCGAGACGGAAACCUUCGGGAGCCACAUUCGAAUAAAAGGAAAAGAGAGCGAGCAUUACAUCUGCAUGAACGAGAAGGGCAAAAUAGUCGGACGGCCCGACGGACGGAAGCAGGAGUGCGUCUUCGUCGAGGAGUUCCUGGAGAACAACUACACGGCCCUCGUGUCGGCCAAGUACAAAGGAUGGUACCUGGGCUUCAACAGGAAGGGGCGGCCCAAGAAAGGCUCGCGGACCACGCAGAGGCAACAGGAAGUCCACUUCAUGAAGCGCCAGCCCAAGGGCCGGCCGGACCCGCUGGAGGAGUUUCGCUUCACAGUGACUAAGAGGACACGAAGGGCUCGGCGGAUAAAACCCAACCCCAAGAGGAACUGA